UCUGUUUCCCGUAGUGCUUUUCUUUGUCUUAACAUCUGAAUCCAUCUUUCAGCUUAUACAAUUUGUUCUAUGGCUUCUUUUCUUUCGUUCCUCUUUUUCCAAUUACCUGUCCCUUUUCCUUAAGCUUUAUUUCUCUUUCGUUCCUUGGAAAAGCACUUUUUGCAUGUCUUAUCUGGUUCUGCUUUCUUUAUAAGGUGUUUUAAGAUUUGGGGAGUUGAAGCUGUUGGUUAGGAGAACCCAUUGAAGUUUGAGAGUUUGUGAGGAGUCUACUGAGGGUGGAUUGCGAAAAUACUCUGCUUUCCGAUCGGAACCAAGCUUUCGGAUCAAGGGUUUUAGACAAGAAUCAUUGGGGGUAUCAUACAAGGAGGAAAUGGAAAACGUUCCAGCUGGGAUUGUUGAGGAGGAUGAUCAGAUCGAUUUGCCACCCGGGUUUCGCUUCCAUCCAACCGAUGAAGAGCUUAUUUCCCACUACUUGCACAAGAAGGUUAUUGAUACCAGCUUCUCUUGUAAAGCCAUGGGGGAGGUGGACUUGAACAAGUCAGAGCCUUGGCAAUUGCCUCGGAAAGCGAAAAUGGGAGAAAAGGAGUGGUACUUUUUCUGUGUGAGAGACAGAAAGUACCCAACUGGUCUGAGGACUAACAGGGCGACCGAAGCCGGAUACUGGAAGGCCACAGGGAAAGAUAAGGAGAUCUACAGUACAAAAUCUCUGGUUGGGAUGAAGAAAACCUUGGUUUUCUACAAAGGAAGAGCCCCGAAAGGAGAAAAAAGUAACUGGGUUAUGCAUGAAUAUAGAUUGGAUGGUAAAUUCUCUGUUCACAACCUCCCCAAAACUGCAAAGAAUGAAUGGGUGAUUUGCAGAGUUUUUGAAAAGAAUUCUGGUGGCAAGAAAACCCAUAUUUCUGGAUUUGUGACUUUGGCUUCUCUCGGAAAUGAAAUUGGUUCUUCUGGCCUACCACCAUUGAUGGAUUCUUCGCCCUACAGCGCUCCCAAGGCCAAACCUGCUUCUGAGUCCCAUUACGUGCCCUGCUUCUCCAACCCUGAUCCCACUGAUGUUCAAAGAAACCAAGGGAAUAUUGCUGAUUACAUGAACAACAAUCCUCUCUUUGGUGUUUCUUCAAACUCUUCCAACUUUUUCCCAAGAAUCCCAUUUCCCAAUUCAUUCUACUCUGCUCAUAAUGCUCCCCCUUCGACAAGUUUCAAAUUCCCCGGUUCGGAUAUACUGCAAGAUCAGUCCAUCCUGAGGGCCUUGUUAGAAAACAAUGCUGCAAACAUGAGGCAGCAGAGCUACAAAACAGAGAGGGAACUAGUGAGUGUGUCCCAAGAAACCGGCCUCACAAGCGAUAUGAACGCUGAAAUCUCUUCAGUCAUGUCCAAUCUUGAAAUGGCAACAAGGCCAUAUGGUGAUCAAGAUCCUCCAGCUGCAGCAGCAGGCCUGGAUAAUUUUUGGAAUUAUUAAUAAUUUCAAAGCAGCAAAAUAAGAUUAAUAUAUAGUUUUGUUAUAUAAAAAAAAAAGGAAAAAACAGCUUCAGCUAAUAUUCCUGGUGUGAGUAGAUAAUUUAUAGAUAUUCUGAACCUAAAUUGAAAAUUGAAUGAAAGUGAAGCAAAUGUUAAUGUAAUGUAAGAAAUUAUAUGAUGUAUUGGUGUUUUUCUAUUUAUUUCUUACAAUAUUGGCGACAUAUGAGAACGAGAAUCAGUUGGUGGUAAU